CCGCCCCGGGAGCGGGCAGGGGCGGGGCGAGCGCUCCAGCUGGCGGGAAGGAGGAAGGGCCGGGUGCGGCGCAGAGGCGGGCGCCUACCAGCCGGCAGCUCCGGAGCUGCCCGCGCCAUGUCCGCGUACAAUCGGGGCACCGAGCUCGACCUUAGCUGGAUCUCCAAAAUACAAGUGAAUCACCCGGCAGUUCUGAGGCGUGCGGAACAAAUCCAGGCUCGCAGAACCGUGAAAAAGGAGUGGCAGGCUGCUUGGCUCCUGAAAGCUGUUACCUUUAUAGAUCUUACUACACUUUCAGGUGAUGAUACAUCUUCCAACAUUCAAAGGCUCUGUUAUAAAGCCAAAUACCCAAUCCGGGAAGAUCUCUUAAAAGCUUUAAAUAUGCAUGAUAAAGGCAUUACUACAGCUGCCGUUUGUGUUUAUCCUGCCCGGGUGUGUGAUGCUGUAAAAGCACUCAAGGCUGCAGGCUGUAAUAUCCCUGUGGCAUCAGUGGCCACUGGAUUUCCAGCUGGACAGACUCAUUUGAAGACACGAUUAGAAGAGAUCAGAUUGGCUGUGGAAGAUGGAGCUACAGAAAUCGACGUGGUAAUUAACAGAAGCUUGGUGCUGACAGGCCAGUGGGAAGCCCUGUAUGAUGAGAUUCGUCAGUUUCGCAAGGCCUGUGGGGAGGCUCAUCUUAAAACUAUAUUAGCGACAGGAGAACUUGGAUCUCUUACUAAUGUCUAUAAAGCCAGUAUGAUAGCAAUGAUGGCAGGAUCAGAUUUUAUUAAGACCUCUACUGGAAAAGAAACAGUAAAUGCCACCUUCCCGGUAGCUAUAGUAAUGCUGCGGGCCAUUAGAGAUUUCUUUUGGAAAACUGGAAACAAGAUAGGGUUUAAACCAGCAGGAGGCAUCCGCAGUGCAAAGGAUUCCCUUGCUUGGCUCUCUCUUGUAAAGGAGGAGCUUGGAGAUGAGUGGCUGAAGCCAGAACUCUUUCGAAUAGGUGCCAGUACUCUGCUCUCGGACAUUGAGAGGCAGAUUUACCAUCACGUGACUGGAAGAUAUGCAGCUUAUCAUGAUCUUCCAAUGUCUUAAAUUAGUCACCAGUUCCAGAAAAGUUCUUUACGGCAACGUUUAAAAAUUAUUUUUCUACGAAAUUGCUAAAAUUAUUUAAUUAAAAAAUUGGGCAGUAGGUAACUGGCAUUCCUCUCUUUAAAAUUUCUACCGAACUUAAUGGAAUGGAAAAAGCAAACUCAUCCACAUGUGGUACUCAUUUCAGGCACAUCUGAAAUGAUCUUAAUUACUAGAAGAUCUGCACUAUUAACUUUGUGAAGAGUUUCUCCUAAAAACUUUAAGUAAAAUGUUAAUGGUAGCUUUGAUAACAUCAAAUUCUAAGGGAGAAAAAAACAAUAUUAAACCGCCCAAGCAGUGUGCCCUAGCAGAGGAAAAUGCAACGUCUCGCAAGUGCUGCUGUAACGACUUCAGGAGUCACUGAUUCAGCACUAAUUUCCUGCCGUGAAAACUCAUCUUUCAUUUUUGCUGUGAAUUGGCACUUUUAUUAAUUGUUGUCCUAAUGAAAUUUCUGGCAUUGUCAUAUACAACUAUGAAUAUCAUUAAAAUUUUUAAAAUAAUAAA